AUGAAAUCCAAAACAAUCCUCCCCUCUGAUCAACCUCAGUUCUUCUUCGUCAUCUACCUCGUCUUCCUCAUCAUCAUCGUUCCUAUAUCUGUGUGUUGGGGUGAAGAAGAUGGAUACUCAGACUGCAAAGGCACGUUUGACUGUGGAGACAUUAAGGGAGUUGGAUAUCCUUUCUGGGGAAGCUCUCGACCAGAAUACUGUGGCGUUCCCGGUAUGGAGCUCAAGUGUUCUACCGAUACUAACUCAGCGACCAUAGAGAUGAAUCGUACAACUUACCGGGUUUUGAGUAUCGAUAGUUGGUCGGCAAGGACUUUGAGGAUCGCUCGAAUGGAUUUCAGUAAUGGAAUCUGUGGGCAGCAACAAAACACCACCAUCGAUUUCAAUCUCUUCAAUUACACAAACAAUGAUGUCAACUUGACCUUGUUCUAUGGUUGCUCCUCCUCAUACGUGCCAUUCGGAACUGCAACUCCUUCCAUAGUUACUUGCAAUAAUGGAUAUGGCGUUCCAACUGGUGCGGUCUACUUCAACAUCACAAGGGGAGGAGUGGGAUCAGAUCCAAUCGAGACAUGCCAAACAAGCGUGGUGGUUACAGUCCUUGGAACAACAGAGCCGGGCCUGGGCACAUCAGCAUCGGGUCCCACUAUCACCGAUGCGAUAAACCAAGGGUUUGAGGUGGAAUGGACUGCGGAUGUGAUCAACAGCUGUGUAACUUGCAGGGGAUCUGGUGGGAGUUGUGGCUAUAACUGGACUUCAUACCAACCCAUUUGUUUCCACCAGUCGAGUAAGUUCUCUCUCCUUUACCAUAAGGUAGCCAUAAAUUUUGUUUCGGUAGCCAUGAAAUAUGUGAAUAUAUCAGUCAUUUUGUUAGGGAAAUUUUGGUCUAAAUCUGAGUUCCAAAGAAAAACUAAAAACUCGGAAUGA